AUGGCGAAAACGGAUCCUGAAAUGCGUAAGUUGAUCAGGAGCCAUUGCAUGCUGGGGAAGAAUCGCGGAAAAAUCUUGCAUAGCAGACGAAAACCCAAGACGGUUGUUCCAAUCUCAGUCUCAAGACCAGUCCAACAAGUGCUAGACCUGGAGCCUGCUUCCUCAGUUCCCAAUCGGCUUGGCUCAGAAUUGUCUCUGUUACGGUUUGCCGAUUCAGUAGAGCCAUCUACGCUAUGGGAAGUUUUGAAAUACAGAUCAAUGUUCGAUCCGUUGACAUACGAUCCUGCCUAUCUUAAUGCCGUAAUGUUUGGAGCUCAAGCAUACUUGGAUUUGGUUUCGGGUCGCUCCAGUAAACGGUCGUCGAUGCAGAUGUUGAAGACAAUUCAGCUCCUUCGCGAGAGGCUUUCGAUUUCAGAUGAAAACGAACCGGAAUCUCUUUCUAAUCCCACAAUACUGAUCAUCUUAACUCUGGCACACAUUGCACAUUUAAAUGGCGAUCAUAUUACCGCUAAGAGACACUUGGAAGGUCUUUGCACGAUUGUCAACCUGCGAGGAGGCAUUGCUGCUUUUCAAAAUACUCCUAAACUUCUCACCGAGUUAAUAAGGUUAGCAAGAGUCCUGGCAUUCACUCAUCCAUUGGAAACUGUGAUACCUGGUGGUCUAUGGCUGAUCUUAUUCAGGUGCGACCUCAGCAUUGCAAUUCACAAAGGAACAAAACCAGUCUUUGACUUCACGCAGCCUUUACAAUCUAUCAAAUAUCAACUACAGACGAAGUCCUCUCCACCAACCGUUCGUUGCCUGAAUUACGAAUCCCCCAACGUCAAGGAUAAACACACACAUUUUAAAACAGACGAGAAAUUAGCCGAACUGUGGGACACUAUGAGCAACUUCUGUUAUCUAGUAAACUCAGUGGCGGAGAAGAAUAUCAAGCUCAGCGACCAAAUCCUCUUAAACACCAUGGGCUCAGUGAUGUACGCCCUUCUGGGAAUGAACUUUCCAACCAACCCGAUCAACGAAGCGAUUCGUCUCGGUAUGCUUGCAUUCUGCUCACAUUCUUUCCUGGAGCGACGGGGAAUUCAUCUUCCGAAUAGUUACCUUUGUGAAAACUACAAGACUUGUUUUGAGGACGUCAACACUCAGCUGCAAGGAGACCCUUCUCAGGUUUCGUUGUGGCUUCUCAUGAUUGGUAAAAUCUCCAUCUUUGCCUCUGACACAGAUGACUCUGCAUGGAUCAAAUCCAAGCUGAGAGAGAAUAUUGGCACGAAUAAUGGCUGGUCGUGGCCACAGCUACGCCCGAGUCUCAAGUCCUUCCUUUGGAUCGACAUACUACAUGACGCACCUGGGAAAACAAUUUUCGAAUCUGUUUCCUAA